AUGGCUUCCAGGUUGGAGGAAGAUCUGUGCUGUCCAGUCUGCAAAGGCAUCUUCGAAGAUCCGGUAAUCCUGUCCUGCAGUCACAGCUUUUGUAAAGACUGUCUGCAGAUAUGGUGGAAGGAGAAGAAGGACAGCGAGUGUCCACUUUGUAAGAAGAGAAAUUCAAAAGGAUUGAUACCUCCUAAUCUUGCUUUGAGAAACCUGUGUGAGACUUUCCUACAGCAGCCUGGUCAGGCAGCUUCAGUGGAUCUCUGCAGUCUGCACUCUGAGAAACUCAAACUUUUCUGUCUGGACCAUCAGCAGCCAGUGUGUCUCAUCUGCAGAGAUUCAGAGAAACACACUGACCACAAAUUCAAACCCAUUGAUGAAACUGCUCAACAACACAAGAAGACACUUCAGGAAACUCUGGAGCCCUUAAAGAAGCAGUUAAAGAUCUGUGAACAAGGUAAAGAAAAGUUUGAUCAAACUGCAGAACACAUGCAGGCCCAGGCCCGACACACAGAGAGGCAGAUUAAGGAGCAGUUUCAGAAGCUUCACCGCUUUCUAGAGGAGGAAGAGAAGGCCAGGCUGUCUGCACUGAGGGAGGAAGAGGAACAGAAGAGUCAGAGGAUGAAGGAACAGGUGGAGGCUCUGAGCAGAGAGAUAGCAGCUCUUUCAGACACAAUCAGAACCACAGAGGACCAGGUGAGAGCUGAAGACGUCUCAUUCCUGAAGAACUACAAGGCUGCAGUAGAAAGAGUCCAGCAGUGCCCCCUGCUGGAGGAUCCACAGCUGCCCCCAGGAGCUCUGAUAGACCAGGCCAAACACCUGGGCAACCUGAGCUUCGAAAUUUGGAAAAAGAUGAAGGCCAUGGUCUCCUACAGUCCUGUGAUUCUGGACCCUAACACUGCUGGUCAAGGACUGAUCCUGUCUGAAGAUCUGACCUGUGUAAGACUAGGAAAGGGACAGAAAGUUCCCGAAAAUCCAGAGAGGAAAUUAAGCUAUGUCUACUCUGUCCUGGGCUCUGAGAGCUUUGACUCAGGGACUCACAGCUGGGACGUCCAGGUUGGAGACAGUGAAGUCUGGUCUCUUGGUGUGUCAUCAGGAUCUGUCCAGAAAGGGGGAUUCAAAGAGUCUUGUUUAUGGAGAAUAUGGUGCUUACAUGGUGAAUACAAGGCACUGGCCCCAUCUGACCCUGAAACUGUCCUCUCCGUGAACAAGCAGCUCCAGAGGAUCAGAGUGAGUCUGGACUGGGACAGAGGACAGCUGUCUUUCUCUGAUCCUGAUACUAACACACUCAUACACACUUUCACAUACACAUUUACUCACAGACUGUUUCCACAUUUUUAUGCUAAGGAUGGACUGAAGGUUUUACCUGCUCAGAUCUGUGUGACUGUGGACCAACAUAAUUGA